AUGCGCCAGAAGAUCAACGACUACUUGACAGAUGUCGCACAACGGAUUCAUCAACUCAAUACCAUUCACAACGUCACUAUCAACAGGUGGCACGCAUUUCUGCUCUACUUUGGCUAUGGAGUGAACGAGAUUCCCGAUCAGAAUCCAAAUGAUGUCUUCAAAAUGGUGACGGAAUUUGCUUUGGAAUACCGUACAACACGUGAGAAAAUCCUUCAACAACGUAAACGUAUGGCUGAGAAACGUGAAAGGAAUAAAACGAGAGGCAAGAUAUGGGCUCUCGAAGGCACUGCUGACGGUGGUGACCCGAACCGACGACGAAGAACCUCACAAAAUGGACCCAAUUCUCUGCAGCGACAUGAGGAAUUGUCUCGGAUGUUGAACGACGCAGGCGACGGAACCUUGAGAAGGCGUGCCAAGCCGUCCAACGAUGCAAAUGCUAACAAAGAUCCUAUUGAUCCGGCCAAUGACUCUCCCGAAGACGAGAUUCUAAAUGGACUUGUCAAAGCAGCCACGUUGCAGUCCGAAACCCGGGAUCAUCGACGGAAAGCACGGCAGUUCAAUCGCAAGUCAUGUACGUCAACUUGGUUUUCACGGAGGGCUUAG